AAAGGCGGCGCAUGCGCGCCGAUUCAACUCUCGCACUUCUGUCCCGGACGACGCGGCGGACUCGGCUCCUUCUCGGGCCCCAACGGCGCGAGCGGCCGCGCCUGCGCUUUUCCGCCCGGGCUCGCGCUUCGCCGAGGGGGCGGCCUCCUCCUCUCCGGCCCCGCCCCUCUCGCGCCCCCUCCCCCUCGCCGGGAGAUGUGAUGAGGAGCCUCCAGCGGUUGCUGACCACGCUGCCUGCCUUCCCCUGCUGGAUGUGGCCGGUGGACCCGGGGCCCUACAGCUGACACACUGACAAAAGCUGCCGAGCUUGGCAGUGGGGUAGGCACGUGACCCACAGAAAGGAAGCAUGGAGAGAACGGCUGCGGCCUACGUGAAUGGCAAUGAGGAGGGUGAAAUGGAAAUCCGGGGCUACCGUCCUUGCUGCUGGAAACUGGCGCUGGUCUCGCUGGGCACCGUCUGCAGCGGCGGCUUCCUCCUCCUCUUCCUCUACUGGCUGCCGGAGCUGAGCGUCAAGUGGACCUGUCGGGCAGUGCCGCUGCGGGACGCCCAGGUGGUGCUGCUGAGAACCACGGAUGAGUUCCAGACCUGGUCCAGAGAAUGGGUCUCCUCCCUCUCGGCCCCCGGCACCGACCCCUUGGGCUUCCCGCAGGGGCCGGAGAACAAGUGGCCCCUGUGCCCAGCAGGACCGAUGGACGACAUGGGCUGUGAGGAGCGGCUUCUGUCCCCUCUGACCUGUGGGGAGCAGGCACAGGCCCGCUUCUUCACGCACCACAACGUGCGCUACCUCUGGGGAGCAGAGGCCCAGGCCUUCCGGCGACUCACCGCUCUGGACCGGGGGCAGCCAUGCUCCUCCCUGCAUUUCAGCCACGGGGGGGGCCUCCCUCGCAGCACCCAGGACUACCGGAAAAUUUUCUACGGGCCCAACCAGAUUGACGUUCAAGUGCCUUCCCUGGCCCACCUGCUCAUCAAAGAGGUCCUGAACCCUUUCUACAUUUUCCAAGCCUUCAGCAUCCUCUUGUGGUCUUUGGACGACUACUACCUGUAUGCCUCGGCCAUCCUCUUCAUGUCCUUCGUCUCCAUCUGCUCCUCCCUCUACACCAUCCGCAAGCAAUACGUGCUGCUGCACGGCAUGGUUUCGACUCACAACGUUGUCCAGGUGACGGUCUUCCGAGGACCCUACGAAACAGAAGCCAUCUUCUCCACGGAGCUGGUGCCGGGGGACGUGCUGCUGGUGCCCCCCGAGGGACUCACCAUGCCGUGCGACGCGGUGCUGCUGAGUGGGACGGCCAUUGCCAAGGAGAGCAUGCUGACAGGGGAGAGCGUCCCCGUCACCAAGACGGCCUUGCCCAUCCCGGCCCAGGAAGCCGACGGGCCCCUCCGGGAUCCAGAUUAUGACCCAGACGAACAUAAGCGGCACACGCUCUUCUGCGGCACCUCUGUCGUCCAAACACGGUACUACUCCGGGGAGCCGGUACGGGCGCUGGUGAUCCGGACAGGUUUCUCCACCUCCAAGGGGCAGCUGGUCUGCUCUAUCUUGUUCCCGAAGCCCACCGAUUUCCGCCUCUACCGAGACGCUUUUCGCUUUCUCCUCUGCCUGGUUGGCGUAGCUGGCAUCGGCAUGCUGUACUCUGUGAUUCGCAGCAUCCAGCAGGCGGAGCCCGUUGGCCGCAUCGUCUUGGAAUCGCUGGACAUCCUGACCAUCACGGUGCCCCCUGCCUUGCCGGCAGCCAUGACGGCUGGAGUGGUCUACGCCCAGCGGCGCCUGCGCCGGAAGCAGAUCUUCUCCCUCAGCCCCCAGCGCAUCAACCUGUGCGGGCAGCUCAACCUGAUGUGCUUCGACAAGACCGGCACUUUGACCGAAGACGGCCUUGACCUCGGGGGCUUUGUGCAAGCGCAGGAGGGGAGCUUCCUCCCGGCGGGACUAGAUCUCCGUAACCCCCACGUGGCCAGUUCCCCAUUUGUUGCCGCCAUGGCUGCCUGCCACUCGCUCACCACUCUGGAGGGGUGCCUCUCGGGGGACCCCCUGGACCUCAAGAUGUUCGAGGCCACCGGCUGGAUCCUGGAGGAACCCACCCAGGAGGAAACUGCCCUGCAUGACCGGAUCCAGCCCACUGUUGUCUACCCUCCAGACUGCCGCCUCCCGGCACCCUCGGAGGCACCAACUGGGGAUGAGGAGCUCCUGGACCUGAUGAGAGGCAGCCAGAUUGGCAUCCUGGCGCAGUUUCCCUUCUCCUCCAGCCUGAGGCGCAUGAGUGUCGUGACCCGUACGCUAGGCGAGAAGCGCCUGGUGGCCUACAUGAAAGGCGCGCCAGAGACGGUGGGCAGCCUCUGCCGCAAGGAGACCGUUCCAGACAAUUUCUCCUCCGUGCUGGAGUCCUACACGCGAGGAGGACUGCGGGUCAUUGCCCUGGCCACCCGCCGGCUGGAAAGCAAAUACAUGUGGCACAAAAUCCACCACGUUUCCCGAGACGCCAUCGAGGUCAACAUGACCUUCCUGGGCUUCGUUGUGCUGCAGAACAAGCUGAAGCCGGAAACGGUGCCGACCCUGGCCGAGCUACGGAGGGCCGCCAUCCGCUCCGUCAUGGUGACAGGAGACGACCUCUUGACUGCCAUUUCCGUGGGCCGGGAGUGUGGCAUGAUCCCGGCCAAGGGGAAGGUGGUCCUGACGGAGGCUCUGCCCCCCAGGGACGGGCAGCCAGCGACCAUCCACUGGCAACACGCGGACCAGCUCCCCACGGUGGAGGCGGGGCUGAGCCAGGGGCCUCCGGAGAUGAAGCUGCUGGUGGAGGAGGCCGAGCCCCCCACUGCUCCCCACUCAGCCAUCCCGGACGUCAGCUACCAUUUUGCCAUGGGGGGGAAAUCCUUCGCGGUUCUCCUGGAUCACUUCCCGGACCUGCUGCCGAAGCUGUUGCUUUGUGGCACCAUCUACGCCCGCAUGGCCCCCGAUCAGAAGACGCAGCUGGUGGAAGCCUUGCAGAAAAUGGACUACUGCGUGGGCAUGUGUGGAGAUGGCGCCAACGACUGCGGGGCUCUGAAGCGGGCACACGCGGGCAUCUCCCUGUCGGAGCUGGAAGCCUCAGUGGCCUCCCCCUUCACCUCCAAGAGCCCCAGCAUCUCCUGCGUGCUGGACCUCAUCCGGGAGGGCCGAGCCGCCCUGGUCACCUCCUUCUGCGUCUUCAAAUUCAUGUCCCUCUACAGCAUCAUCCAGUAUCUCAGUGUCCUGCUUCUCUACUCGGUUCUGGGCAACCUGGGAGACGUCCAGUACCUCUUCAUCGACAUGGCCAUUAUCUUGUCUCUGGCCUUCAGCAUGAGCCUGAACAGCGCCUGGAGGGAGCUGGUCCCCCAGCGGCCGCCCAACAGCCUGGUCUCUCCUCAGCUGCUGCUCUCUGUGCUCGGCCAGAUCCUUCUGUCGCUGGCCUUCCAGGUGGGGGGCUUCCUCCUCGUCCAGCGGCAGCCGUGGUACCCACAGGAGGAUGAGAGCUGCAGCAGCCUGUACCCCAACGGCUCAGCCUCUCCAAACGCCACGGCCCCCCCAGAUCCCGGAGGCCAGGACCCCGACUCGGUGCGCAGCUACGAAAACACCACCCUCUUCUUCCUCUCCUGCUUCCAGUAUGUCUUCGUGGCCCUGGCCUUCUCCAAGGGGCGCCCCUUCCGGCAGCCCACCCAGACCAAUGGCCUCUUCCUGGCCUCCCUGCUGUUUGUCUCCGGCUUCCUGCUGCUGCUGUUGCUCUGGCCGCUGCCCGCUCUGGACAGGCUAUUCCAGCUGGCCUGCAUCCCCUACGAGUGGCGCCUGGUUCUGCUGGUUCUGGCGUUUAGCAACCUGGUGCUGUCCCUCUGCCUGGAGAACUUCGUCUGUGACUGUGACAUCCUUUGGCAGCAGCAGCUCUGCUGUGGCAGGCGGAAGGAGGACUAUCCCAGGCAGGCUGCCUUCCCACAGCUGGAGCUGGGGGAGACGGAGCACACAUGUUCCUGCUGCCGGCAGGCGGCACCCAGGACCAAGUACCAGCGCCUGGCCCAGGAGCUUCUCUUCGACCCGGACUGGCCUCCGCAGCCGAAGACCAGCACGCGGGCAAAGGUGCCUCCUGCCGAGACCCACGCCUGAGACCCACGCCUGACCGGCCCUUCUGGUUGGCACAGAGUGGAGCCCCCCCCCACCAAGCAGGAUGCCUCCCCAGCCACGAAUCGCCUGCAGAAGGAAGAGAUGCCUUGGUCUCCCACUGAAGCCAGGAACCGCCAGGAUGGAGCACAAUGGCCACCCCUCUGUCCCCCUCCCCAGAACCCCCCUCCCUCCCCUGCUGGGGUUUCCACGGGGGUGGGUCCUGUCUGCAGAAGAGCCUGGCUGGGGGGUGGGGGGCGGGCAGGGAGCAGCUUUUAAGCCGCCUCCGGCUGAAUUCAUCGGCUUUGAAACCGGAUUGUGGAAGUUGGGCAGAUUCCCUAGGUCCGCGCUGCCUCUUCCCCUCGCCUGGAAGCCUCCGACGGAACCCCCACCCCCCCACUCAGGACUGGGCGCCUCCGGCACCAUCCAGACGGUCCCUUGCAGCCAUUUCCAGUUGCGCUGAAAUUAAACGGCCGAACCAGCCGCCCUCGC